AUGCUUUACGGCCACCACGAGGAUGAUGGUCUUGCUGACUCGGACGCUUAUGACCGGGUUGGUAAUGCACCUCACCAGGCGACCGCUUUUUACGACGCAACGGAAGCCUACAAUGACCACCGCGAGAAGACCGGUCAGCCUGUAAGGCCCGACCCCGCCAAGACGACCACGGCUGGCUUUGCCGGAUACUUCAACCGCAUGGUCGAGAGGAAGGGUAUAAGCACAUGA